UUUUUGAAAAUUCGGGCAUCGAUUCAUUUGCCCGGCAAAAUGGUGAAGCAUGCUGAGUUUAUUCAUUUGCCCGGCAAAACAGCAUGCGACUUCGUUAAUUACGAGCAGGGGUAGGCGUAGGCCGGCACGGCAUGGACGCAUGGUAGUCUAUUUAUAUACACAUGCUGGUGCUGAUGCUGCGCCAUUGCUGCCUGCUCCAACCCCACCGUCCACCGAUCUGGGAAGGCAUCGUUUUCUUGUACUUUCCCUUCCGUCAGUGCCCUCGACCUCGAUGCGCAUCUCCUCCGUCCCGUCGUCCAUGCGCGCGACGGCGAGCAGUGCCAGUGCCACCGCGCUGGCGGCGGCCAUGAACAUGAAGCAGCCGCCGCACGGCGCGUCCACGCUCUUCGCGCUGCUCUCCCUGUCGCUCCUCCUCCUCCGCCUGCUCCUCCGCCUCCGCCUGGCCGCCUUCCGCGACGCCGCGCUGUCGCUCCACCUCCUGGCGCGCCUCCGCCUCCGCCCCGUCCUCCUCCGCCUCCACGACGGCGCCAGCAGCGCCACCACGCUGCGCGUCUGGUGCCCCGCCGCCCCGUCCUCCAAGCCGCCGCUGCUCCUCCUCCACGGCUUCGGCGGGGACGCCAAGUGGACGUGGGCGCGCAACCUCCCGCGCCUGUCACGCCACUUCCACGUGUACGCGCCGGACCUUGUCUUCUUCGGCGCGCAGUCACGGUCCGCGUCGCCGCUCCGCUCCGUGGCGUUCCAGGCCCGCUGCGCCGCCGAGGCCAUGCGCCUCCUCGGCGUGCCUCGCUACGACGUCGCCGGGAUCAGCUACGGCGGCUUCGUCGCCUACCGGAUGGCCGCUGCCGAGGCCAGCGACGCCGUGGGCAGGCUCGUCAUCAUGACCACCGGCGUCGCAGCCACGCCCGGAGAGAUGCGGGCGAUGGCGGCAAGGGAGGACCGCACCGUCGAGGAGGCGCUGCUGCCGAACACCGCCGAGGGGCUGCGCUUCCUCGUGCGACGCUCCAUGCAUCGUCCCCCGCCGUGGAUGCCGGACUUCGUGCUUGACGACUUCAUCCAGCUCAUGUACGUGGAUCAAAAAAGGGAGAGGGCAGAGUUGCUGCACGAAUUGCUCAAGACCGGAGCUGGCUUCGACACCCUCCCGGCUCUUACCCAGGAAACACUGCUCAUCUGGGGAGACAAAGACCAGGUGUUCCCCGUCGAUCUUGGCCACAGGCUGCACAGGCUUGUGGGAGAGAGAUCCAGGCUAGAGAUCGUCAGGGACGCAGGGCACGCGCUGCAGCUGGAGGGCGCCGACCACGUCAACCGCUUCAUCAAAUCGUUCCUCCUGGACGAGCGAAUUGGGCUGGGCCGGAAGUAAAGAUGAGGCCUUAGAAUUCCAGUCGAGGCCCAGAAGCAAACAAAGGCCUGCUCGCAGGUGGUUGCACACUUGCACUGCACGCUGCAACGAUGCGACGCACACCGACGCCAACCGUAAUUAAAAGCAGCGGAGCGGCAAUGAUAUACAGCGUUGGGGCUCCGAACUUGUUUGUUUUGUACAAUAAUGUCUGAAAGAAAUGAACUUUUUGGAGCUGAAAUUCAGGGAGCUGUCUCUGUCUGGUGCCGUGACCCGUGAUGCGCACAGUCUGUCUUCUGGCUGCCAUUUUCACAAGCUUCUAUUCACAUUCCAGAAUUGUUCUUGUGAUGCUGUGCUGAUGGACCACUAGUUGUUGACAGCCCAGUUGUGCAGCAUAUACAAGCCUAAUGCUCAGUCCAAUUGUGGCUGCCGUAUCCGUA